ACCGGAUAUCACUACACUGAAGAGAAGAAAAGGCUGAAUAAAGUCGUAGUUUUUGCUAUUUUUGUACCAAAAUGUAUUUUCGAUGCUUCAAAAAAUCAGCGACAUGAGGGUGAGUUAUUAAUAACAUAAUUUUCAUUUUUCGGUGAACUAACCCUUUAAGUGCCAAUUUUUCUAAAUUGAGAUGUAUGUAUUAUAUGAAAGCUGAAUAAAUAAUCUUUCCAUUGAUGCAUGGUUUGCUAGGAUAGGACAAUAUUUGGCCGAGAUACAAAUAUUUGAAAAUCUGGAAUCUGCGGGUGGUGCAAAAAAAAUUCUAAAUAUUGAGAAAAUCGCCUUUAAAGGUAUCCAAAUGAAGUUCUAAGCAAUGCAUAUUACUAAUAAAAAAUUUAAUUUUGAGAUAUUUACGGUAGGAAAUGUACAAAAUAUCUUCAUGGAACAUAAUCUUUACUCAUUAUCCUAAUGAUUUUUGGCAUGAAAGAAAAAUCUAUAAUUUUGACCAAUACAAUGUUUUUUUUAUUUUUAUGGCUAUUGCUGGCUACCCCAGUGACUUGAGACCAGGGUCACAUAUGUUGACACCAUCUUGUUUCAGAAAUGUUUUGAUGCACUGUUUCACAUCCUUCUUGCAUUGAAUUUCAUCAGUUCCUCUCUUAAAUAUAUAUAUAUUUUUUUUUAUAUAGACAGAAAUAAAGAUGGGGGAGGGCGUUUAAAAAAAAAUGUGUAAAAAAAAAAAAGUGUGUAGCUGUCGUAAUUUUUUGGUACCCUCUACUAAUUUACUGUUAAAAAGCGUCUGCUUUUUUCUAAGUGUUUGAAAGUAGAAUAGCUCCUUUGGGAAUUGAGUCUGUAUUCUGUAAACGCAAGAUGUGGAAGAUAUUCCAAACAGAAAAACUGCAGCCCUAGCAUCAUUUCUGUGUUCUGCCAUUUAACUGUUACCUUAACAUACCCAACUAACCUUGUUAAUUUCUUACUCGUUAAAAAAAAGUUUAACAUAUAAAUAAUUAAUACCUUUGACAAAUAUGUACAAAACUCACACAUGAGAUAGCAGUAUCCUAAAGGCCACUAUAUACUUGCAUCGGAAGUUCAGUACAAUAACACAACAAUGUCAAAUAAGUUGUAUUCCCAGAGUAUACCCACCUAUGACAUAACAUUAUUUGUAUAGCCCUUUUAUGAUCAUAGCAAAGCAACUUUGCAGUAAAUUAAGUUUCUACAAUAUUUAGUAGUAGCUUAACAGUGGUAACUUUCAGUUUAUGUGCAUAUGACAGAAAUUUACAAAAACAAAUCAAAGACGUAAUCAAACAGACGAUGAGCACUAUUAACAGCAAUUAUUAUGAUGCAAUCAAACUUGUAGCAAUAUUCGUUAGUUCUGUAUGUUGUUUCGGGGUUAGCAUCAUCUGAGGACCUCUGAGGGGGUGACAUCAUCUCUUCUCUGGUGUUCUGGAUCCAGACUGAAGCAAACAAAUAGAUACAUAAUUAGCGUAUCUAACUGCUGUUCCAGCCAAGUAAAAUUAAUUUGUUUAACCCAAGCCGAAGAAUAAGAAGAUAUAACUGGAUCAGAUAUAACUGCAGUCCAAGAUUAUUGGAUGCAUUUUUUUAAUGCUUGGCUAAAGAGAUGUGUUUUUAAUCUAGAUUUAAACAGAGAGAGUGUGUCUUAACCCUGAACAUUAUCAGGAAGGCUAUUCCAGAGUUUGGGAUCCAAAUUUGAAAAAGUCCUACCUCCUUUAAUGGACUUUGCUAACCCAUGAACUACCAAAAGUCCAGAGUUUUGUAACCUAGCAUGAUGGAUUGUAGCGUGGUAGAAGACUAGUUAGGUAUACAGGAGCUAAACCAUUAAGGGCCUUAUAGGUAAGUAAUAAUAAUUUGUAACUGAUACGGAACUGAAUAGGAAGCCAGUGCAGAGAUUGUAAAAUUUGGGUAAUAUGAUCAUAUUUUCUUGACCUGGUAAAGACUCUUAAGUGCUGCAUUUUGGACUACCUGUAGCUUGUUUAUUGAAGAUGCAGGACAACCACCAAGAAGUGCAUUACAAUAUUCCAGUCUAGAGGUCAUGAAUGCAUGAAGUAGCUUAUCUGCAUUAGAAACAGGUAACGUUUCAUAGCUUGGCAAUGUCUCUAAGAUGGAAGAAUGCAGUUUUUGUAACAUGGGAAGUAUGAUUUACAAAAGACAAGUUGCUGUCUAAUAUAACACCAAGAUUUUUGACUGUAGAGGAAGUAACAGUACAUCCGUCUAGUUGCAGAUUGUAGUCUACUAGAUUCUGUGUACAGUUUUUUGGUCCAAUAACUAAUAUCUCUGUCUUAUCCGAAUUUAAUAGGAGAAAAUUAUCAGUCAUCCAAUCCUUCACAUUGAAUUUUUUUCUUUUUUACCGAAUUUGUCUUUUACAUUUCAACACACUCUGUUUCAUUCUAAAUGUUGAAUUUGAGUGGAUAGCAGUAGCCAGCAGACUCCAGGCACAUGAAUGCCACCAUGAUUUCAUUUAAACCCUUUGCCUCACAUAUUGUCCACAGUUUGUGUUAAAUCUAGAAGGGAAACUGCUGCGUUGCAAAGGAAGUGUUGUGUCAUUUGGUUAAACUCUGCUGCUUCCUUUUCCUCUUUUGUCAUUCCUUGAGUUGAGAGCAAACUUAAGUGUUUUCAGAACAAGGAUACGGCACAAGAAAGUAACUGAUAUUACUUUGAACCUCAAAUACGUGCAUUUAUUUGCUCCUGUUGAGCGGGACCCAAGGAAACGUUGAGGUUAUCGAAUGGAAACUACUUUAACUGAAGCAUGGUGGCUUGCAAAGACAUCUAUUGAGUAAUUUCUAUGGUCCUCUGACUUUAUUGGCCGUUGGGUUUGAAGUAAAGAAGACAACACCAACUUUUUCUGUAGCAAUGCUAAAGUGACGCCAGCAUUGUAGCAAGUGUCUAGAAGACCUUUCAGUUCUGUAACCAUCUAGUGCCACAUUCAAAGACUCAACAUAAAUUCCAGCGACACUGACCAUGAAGGUGGAGAGUUUAUUACUAGCAUUGCAAUGCCUGUUGGGAUUUGUACACUACGGCGGAGGAUUGUCAACAUGCAGUUCUUUAGACCUAGAGCUAAUAAAGAGAAAGCGAAUCGAAGCGAUUCGAGGACAGAUUCUCAGCAAACUACGACUGUAUAAAGAACCAGAAGUAGACGAGGAAGAGGAGUUACAAAAUGUCCCAGCAGAGCUCAUCUCAGUAUACAACAGCACCGUGGAGCUAAAUGAGGAGCAGGCGGCCCCUCUUGAACAACCCAGAGAAGAUCCUAUGGAGGAGGAAUACUAUGCUAAAGAGGUUCACAAAUUCACCAUAAAACUGAAACAGGGAACCCCGGACAAGAUAUUGUUCAACAUCACAGAUAUAAGCCACACAUUGGGUUUAGACUGCACAAUCUCCCAGGUGGAGCUCCGGAUGCGCAUCAUGAGUUUUUCAGGUGCUACAGAGCAGAGACUGGAGCUGUAUCAGGGCACUGGGAACAAGUCGCGCUACUUGGAAUCACGCUUUAUUUCCGACAAAAUGGCAAGCAAAUGGCUAACGUUUGAUGUGACACAGACCUUGAAGGACUGGCUCCAGAGAAAUGAGGCAGAGCAGGGAUUUCAAUUGAAGAUGGCAGAUAACUGUGACCCUUCGACUACAUUUCCACUCAAAAUAGCAGGUUUGUCAACUACAAGAGGUGAUACAGAAACCUUAGCAGACCAUAUGCCAAAGCCUCACAUUUUGGUCAUGUCACUUCCCCUUGAAGGCCGCAGCUCAUCAAAAUCUCGCAGAAAACGUCAAACUGAAACAGAACAAGUUUGUACCGAUAAGUCUGACAGCUGCUGUGUCAGAAGUCUGUACAUUGACUUCCGCAAAGACCUGGGCUGGAAGUGGAUACAUGAACCUUCUGGUUAUUACGCCAACUAUUGCACUGGCUCUUGCUCUUUCGUCUGGACUUCAGAAAAUAAAUACUCACAGGUUCUUGCGCUGUAUAGGCAUCACAAUCCUGGUGCAUCUGCUCAACCCUGCUGUGUACCUCAGGUUCUAGACCCACUGCCCAUCCUUUACUAUGUGGGCCGGCAACAUAAGGUAGAGCAACUGUCAAAUAUGAUUGUGAAGACCUGCAAGUGUUGCUGAAAGCCAUAUCUCUGUUUGGUUCUUGUGAGCAAAAUCAAGAGAGGAACAUUUUGAGGCAGUUUUAACCCAGUAUUUUUGGAGGGGAACUAUUUUAUUCCAGUUAUUUUGGUCCUUUUCAUUUUACUUGACUCCGCUGUACCACACUUCGAUGUACUGAUACUGUUGUACAUUUAUGUUGAUGAUACUCUACAUUUGCUGUACAUGUUGUCAUAAAAGUGGCAAUACUCAUUGUUUUAUUUAGAGGUGUCAACUAUUAUUUAACAGAAAAUCAAAUUGUGACUUAAAAUUUUCAUCACAGUUCGAUGUAGAUUAUUCUGAAUAAAAGUUUGCAUAUAAAAACUAUUGGACACGUCGUUUACUGUAUUAAGUGGAAUAUAAUAUCUCUCCGUUCUGUGCAGACUGUUUAUAUCUGUACUUGCAUUGCUAACGUAAUUAUGUUGUUGUUACUUAACUAUGCUGUUGACAUUGAAAAACCUUCCUUGAUUUUUAAUACAGUAUGUGCUUGCAAAUUAUUUUAUAUUAUUUUCUCAAAUUAAUCCCUCAGCUCCAAAAGUAAGCACCGUUGCUGUGUAAUUUAAUUUUAUUGCUUUCAGGUGUAAUUUGUAUGUGCUGUUGGUGUAAUUUUAUUGCUGUAGACUGUAUUUGUGAUCACCACUGAAUGUUUGUUGCAUGUACCAGUGCAUAUUGUUUUUCUGUUUUUCCCAGAAUCCACAUUUGUUACAGGUGUUCAGGAAAGACUAUUUCCUGCAAGCUAUUUUGUUGUGGCUUCAGAGCUGGCAAGGCUUUUAUUUUUUUUAUUUCUUUAUUAAGGAAGUGAAUUAAAAGUUUGUACACUGUGUGGUA